AUGGAUAUAUUAAUAAAAAUAUUAAAGGAAGUAGUUUACGAGAUAAAAAAGUGUUAUCUAAAAUAUGGAAUAAAUUUAAACGAGUUUCAAAAUUUACUUUUUAUUAUUACUGUCCUUUUGGGACUCUUAUUUUUAUUUUACGUAAUUUUAAUUUUAUAUAGUAUAUUUUUUAAGGGAAAUAAACCAAAUCAAAUAGUCUUAUUAUUAGGGCCAUGUGAUAGUGGUAAGACUACUCUUUUAUUUAAAUUGAAAACAGAUAAAAUAUGUAGAACGGUUCCUUCAAUGAAAGAAAACAUAGCUUUUAUUAAUUUAAAAAAUAAAAAAAAAAAAAAAAAAUUUAUACGUUUUGUUGAUUUCCCCGGUCAUCCCAAAUUAUCUUAUGCAAUGAACAAAUAUUUCAGUAUUACGAAUGUGAUCGUGUACAUGUUGGAUAGUUCAGACAGGCAAUCCCUAAAAGUUGUAGCAGAGAAAUUAUUCGAACUGUUCACCAACAAAGUUAUAGUUAAAAAACAAAUUCCUUUUAUCGUUCUUUGUAAUAAAACUGACUUGUGUAAUUCCCGCCCCAAGCAAGUCAUUAAGGAGGAUUUAGAGAGGGAAAUCGAAAUUUUGAAAAUGUCCAAGUAUAACAGUCUGGACGACGAAGAUAAUGAAGAAACGGAAUGUUUUGUUGGAGCUAAUUCGGAGUUCUUUCGAUUUGAAAAAGCGCCAUGCCAUACGGAGAUAUGUAGUGCCUCCGUAAAAAAUAAUAACAUAGAAGAACUCUUGGAACUUAUAGAAAAGUAUUACUAA